AUAAUAUUUAUGCAAACCAUAAGCGAAAGCAAAGAAAGUUGAACAGUCUAAAAAAAAGGCUAGGAAGUUCAAGAAUUUCUGCUCUCAAUAUCUAUCAGAUUUGCACGCAAAUGGGUUGGUCUGAAUCACAACAAGGUUGCAAGAAGCACCCAGGUGAGAAGCAACUACCUGGGGUUUGUCCCUCUUGUCUAAGAGAAAGGUUGUCACAAAUUCAAGGUCAUUCAAUAAACAAGAAAACAUAUGGUGGUGUUGCUGAUUCUUAUUCUGCAUCACCAUCUGUUGCUUCUUCUUCGACCUUUGUGUCUCCAGUUUAUCGUCGACAUCAUCGUAGGCUUUCGGAAAGGACUGGGUCUAUUUCUUUUACGGUGAGUGUUAGUCAAGGCUUGAAGAAGAGCAAAUCAGUAGCUUUUGUUACGAGGAAUCGAGCAGAGGAGGUUGCAGGUAGUUUGAAGAAGAAAGGAGGGUUUUGGAAGAAGCUGCUGAAGUCCACAGGGAAGAGGACCAAAGAGGCUUUCAUGCAGCCAAGAAUUGGAAGCCAAAGGUUGGAGUAAUAGUGGGAGGGAUUGUUCUAAUUAUAACAAAUGCUUUACGAAAAUAAAUCUGUAUAUAGUUUGUUUUUUUGGGUUUUGGUUUCGCUGUCUUUUAAUGGAAGACUACUCUUUUUUUUU